AUGCCCUGGACAUCGGAGAGGCCCAGCUCCACAGGAAGCAAGAGCAGGGAAAGCACCACGGUGACUGUGACGAAGAGGGUGGGCCUUGAGUCCCAACCACUCCUGGCUCAGGAUGGUUCUGCUCUGCAUUCCAAGGACCACGAGGGAUACAACACGAUCACCAUGAUGAAGCCUGAGAGAGACCCGAUGAAGUCGGCUCAUCCCGUCAUGAUGCUGGAGUCCAGCAAGAAUCCGUUGCAUUCGAUGAGCACAGAAGUUCAGCUUGUCUGUUUCUGCUCAGGGUGGGUAAUGUUCUUAGAGGGGAUCAACGGCAUGUCGGGGUUGGCCACGAGCUACUUCUUUAAGGAGACUCUCAAGCCCUUGUACGGAUUCAUAUCGGACGCAUACCCGAUCUGGGGGUAUAGGAGGAAACCUUACCUCCUCAUCGCGGGCAUCCUGGGGAGCAUCUCCUGGUUCCUCAUGUCCAAGUACGUGACCACCGUCUUCCUUAGUGGCAUCUGCAUGACUCUCGGCUCGGGGGCCAUCGCAGUGGCCAACGUGAUCGCCGAGGCGAUGGUGUGUGAGAAGAGUCGAGGGGAGACGCAGGAGUACGCAUCCAGGCUUCAGAGCAUCAUAUACACGGGUCAAGCGGUUGGCUCGAUCAUCGCUGCAUGGACAGGAGGAUAUCUCUUGACGUUCAUGUCUGAUCGCCAGGUGUUCCUCUUGGUUGCAAGCUUCCCGCUGUCGUUGAUUGUCAUCGCAUUCAUUGUUCCGGAAGAGAGAUACCACGGGAACCAUGUUAAGGAGCGAAGUGAAAUCAACGACAAGCUGCUGCAGCUGUGGAACGCGUUCAAACAGCCGCAGAUAUGGAGGCCUUGCGCAUUCAUCUUCAUGCUCAAUGCCACACCGGCUACGGGAGCGACCUGGUUCUACUUCUACACUGACGUGCUCAAGUUUUCAUCGGAGUUUCUCGGAACCAUCGGCCUGGUCGGGUCAUGUUUCACUCUCGCUGGAGUCUUUCUCUUUGACGCAACGAUGCGCAAGGCGUCCUUCAGGCCUGUCUUUCUUUGGUCCACCAUUGUCAGCACCAUCCUCGGCCUCUCUCAGCUCAUCCUCGUCUUCCGAUAUAACCUCGUCCUGGGCAUCCCCGACUCGGUCUUCUGCUUGGGUGAGAGCGCCAUCCUGUCCAUCGUCGGGUGGAUCUGUACGAUGCCGGUGCUCGUUCUGGCCGCAAGGUUGUGCCCCGAGGGGAUGGAGGGGACGAUGUACGCGCUGAUCAUGAGCAUCAACAAUCUCGGGGGGAUCGUGGGUUCACAACUAGGGGCCGUCUUGACGACCUGGUUGGGAGUGACUGAGCAGAAUCUGGGCAACUUCUGGCUUCUGGUGCUGAUCUGCAACUUGUCGACUUUUCUUCCUCUGCUGAUCAGAUCCCUACCCACAGCUUUUAUCAAUUGGAUCCCCGAGGACGAUCCUCAGGUGCUCGAGGAAACCACCGCACAGGCAUCGGAGGUGGACAUCAAGAGCGGUCUCGUCUGA